CUGCGCGGCCUCCAGAUACCCGGAUAAGGAUGAGCUAUAUAUGACAUCCAGCUGAGGGCGGGCGUUGUAGUUCAAACCAAGGGACGAUACUCGCGCGGAGCUGUGUCAGUGUGUCCUGUUGCGUUGGACAUUAUCAGAGCAUUCUAAACAUGGCUGGCGGCAAAGCAGGGAAGGACUCGGGGAAGACCAAGACCAAGGCUAUCUCGCGCUCACAGAGAGCAGGACUGCAGUUCCCCGUGGGCCGUAUCCACAGACACCUCAAGACGAGGACCACCAGCCACGGCAGAGUGGGAGCCACCGCCGCCGUGUACAGCGCCGCUAUUCUCGAAUACCUCACAGCCGAGGUCCUGGAGUUGGCAGGAAACGCAUCGAAGGAUCUGAAGGUGAAGCGCAUCACCCCCCGCCACUUACAGCUGGCCAUUAGAGGAGAUGAGGAGUUGGAUUCACUCAUCAAGGCCACCAUUGCCGGUGGAGGUGUGAUCCCUCACAUCCACAAGUCUCUGAUUGGAAAGAAGGGCCAGCAGAAGACCGUAUAACCUGGAGUCCCCUGGAAGUCGUGCCAUCUCAGGACGAUGUCUACAUCAAGUGAUUGUUUGUCUUUAGAUUAGAACGCCUUUAAGAGUUGUUUGUAUUGUUGAGCUUGCAUUUACUCACCUGGGGUAUUUUUAAAAAGUGGCUUCAGAGAAGCUCAUCUUUUGUGUUUUUUGGCUUUUUUCUUUUUUUCUGGUGCUGCAGUUCAUGUGUCAAAAACUUAAGUUGUCGCAUUCCCGUGUUUAAAGUGGUGUUUUAAUAAAGCUCUUGUUCGGGCAUUUACACUUCUCUUUCAGUUCUUGCUUGGUGCUCUGGUAUCACUCUUAUCUGUAUUCAGUUGUCUGCCCCAGUGUUGAUGGACAACAUGUGUUUGGCUUUAGUGUUACUAAUCUUUGCCAUUCAAAAGACUCCGUCCUGGUGAUCUGCUGCAGUGUGGACAGCAUUGUGGCCAUUGAACCAUCUUAACCUGUGCAAACCAUCAUUCUCGUGCAGGUGCAUGAAUUGCAAAGCAUGCUGAAGUUCACUGGAGUGACAUGAACUUUGGACUCAGAAUAAAGGCUGGACUGGCACAGUCAGAACAUUUUA